AUGCUGAAGUCAGCCACCACUUAAGAUAAUGGAUGUAUAAAACAGACAGUGGCGUGAAAUUUUCUGUGAUAAAAUAAAUUGUUCGAACUAUUACCUAACGUUUAUGUGCUUCGCCAGGCAGCCUUCAAUUAUUGUUAACGCGAGGGAGUACGGGCUUCUAUUAUAAGCAUGGAAGAAGUUAUACGAACAUGCCUAGGGAUUAUAUUAUGGAUGAUUGUCACGUGUCGCCUAGCAACGGCGCAGUUGCUACUGGAGGAGUUGCAGCAGCUGAAGAUUGAGCCGAUGAACAUGAACGGCACGGAGCCCUACACGGAGCUAACCAUAGACCAGAUCAUCUCCCGGGCCAGCGGAGGCAUCGAAAUGGCUCAGAACCUGAUGCUCACCGACGACGGCACGGUGCUGGCCGAGCUUGACAUGCGCCUCACGCACGAGCAGUUCUAUAACCUGUACGAAAACCCGGUCAAUUACAAUGAUACAUUGCCGAGACGCAAGAGGUCAAAAACUGGCCGGAAAUUGGAGAGGUCGAAGAGAAAGGCCAUUCGUGACGUCAUUCUGCGAUGGCCCGAGGGCGUUGUCCCGUACAGAUUCAUAACUGAACAUUUUACCGAAAAAGAGGAGUACAUGAUUCGCACCGCCAUGACGGAAUGGGAGAAGUACACGUGUCUUCGUUUCCGGCCCGCAAUCAAGAGCGACCGGAAUGUCGUGCGCUUUCAGAACGGCAUGGGUUGCAAUUCUCAACUUGGUAUGGUGGGUGGCGAGCAGCCACUGAAUUUGGAGAAGAACGGCUGCAGAUUUAAAGGACUGUACUUGCACGAGAUAGGGCACGCCAUUGGUCUCGUGCACGAGCACCAGCUCCCCAACAGGGACCAGUACAUCGAGAUCCUCUACCAGAACGUGCAGCCGAGCAUGCGCAUCUGGUUCAAUAAAUAUUCCGCACAGGAAGUGGACCAGCUGAAAGUGGACUAUGAAUAUUCAUCUGUGAUGCAUUAUGGGAUAACUGCGUUUUCAUCGGAUGGUAAAUCGCAAACUAUUAAAGCUCUGCACCCCGAUAAGGAAAGCUCCAUUGGUCGCGUGUACCGGAAGGAACUAUCUUUUACUGACGUCAAGAUAGUCAACCUCAUGUAUCAAUGCGCAAAACAAUGUGACAGCUCCAUUGUCUGUAACAACGGUGGCUACGUGGACCAGAAUUGCAAGUGCAUCUGUCCCGAUGGCUCCGACUCCUGCUCCAAGGCCAAACAAGACGACAAAGAUGGCGAGUGCUUUAACGCCCAUGAGAGUUGGCAAUGUGCCGUGUGGGCGAACCAGGGCGAGUGCCAGCGGAACCCCCGGUUCAUGCUGGAGAGCUGCAAGAAGGCGUGUAGGCUAUGUGGCAACGAGAAACCUGACAACGGCCCACACAUUGCCCUCUGGACAUGGCAGUGGUUAUGUAGAUUUGCGAACAUAUGUCCACAGAACUGGACAGUAGCGACAUGCAAAGACAAUUACGAGAGCUCCAAGUGCGACGUGUGGAAGGAGCACGGUGAGUGCAUCGUCAACAGCGAAUGGAUGCACAAGCACUGCAAAAAGACGUGCAACGCAUGCGCAAACUCGGGACCGGACCCGGAUGUGAACUGCUCAAACAAGCACCCAAAGGCGGAGGAGUGCGAGAAAUGGGCGGCGGAAGGGGAGUGCCAGAUAAACCGAGUCUGGAUGCCCGAGAACUGCCGGAAGUCUUGUCACAUGUGCGGUAAAAGCGUCGUCGUCAUCACAACCACACCCGAACCUGAUUACAACGGCGAAUGUGAAAACAUCCACAACACUCUUGAGUGCGACAAGUGGGCGCGCACCGACGAGUGCUCGCUGAACCCUGAUUGGAUGAUCCCUAACUGCCGGAAGUCCUGUAAGAAGUGCGAGGGAAAUGACGGCGGUGGGGGAGCACAAGAGUGCAAGAACACGUGGGACGACGUUCAAUGCACGGGUUGGGCGCGAGACCAAGAGUGCAUGAAGAACAGCGUCUGGAUGCACCGGAACUGCCAAAAGGCUUGCACGAAAUGCACACCAGACGGCUCGACUACCGAUAGACAAAAUGAGCAGACAACAACACAACCGCGCAUCACAACGCCAGGUGCUUGCAAAAACGAUCAUCGUAGCGACAAGGAGUGUGAUACGUGGGCCAAGUAUGGUCACUGUGACUUAAACGAAUGGAUGAAAGUCCACUGUGCGGCCGCGUGUGGCUCCUGCAAGUCUCAAGAGAAGACGACAACAACAUCAAAGCCUGAUAAAACGGACAACGGAGGCAACACUGGUGGGUGCGCGGACCAGGAGAAGCACUGUGCUGCAUGGGCGCGCCAUGGUUUCUGUGAGGACAAUCCCAACACGGCACUGAGGAUCUGCAAGAAGUCAUGCAAUGCUUGCACCGUCGAGACCAACGAGUGCAAGGAUAAGCACCAGUUGUGCGGAGUGUGGGCACGUGGCGGCCAGUGUCAACGCAACAGCGGCUACAUGCUGCGCUCCUGUCAGAAGUCAUGUACCGUCUGCUAGUUCCGGUCAAGAUAUAAUUAUUGACGAACAUGAUGCGGUGUUUGCUUGUUCAGGCAUGAACAUAAACCAUACAAUGUCUGUUGUUACUCCUGAUAGUUACGGUAUGGAUGUACGAGUCUCGAGAAUAGUACAUAUUGUAUGUGGCUAUUUCGCUAUAUUAUUUCUUAAGUUUAGACACAAGUAAUGUUGUUUUGUAAUUAAUAUAUUAAUUUGGUAUUUAACUAAAUCAAAUAUGUGUGCGUGCAUUUAUUUUACAAACACACUUUUUAUCAUUUAUAAUGUUUAUUUGUUAUUAUGAUAGCUUCAAAUGUUUGUUCGAUUAAUAAUUCGUGUAAUCAUUAUUUGAUCAUAAACUUUUUAUUUCGUUUUGUUUUCUAUGCAUACAUUUUAUAUUGUAUGCUUUAAACUGCUACUGUGGACAUUUAAAAAAAAUUGACAAACACAUUUUUGAAUAAAGUAUUGCUAUUUGUCAAGGGAUUCGUUUAUUGCAAAGUUAUCUGCAUCAUUAUAAUGAACAUAAUUCAAAGGUCUUACUCCUAUUAUGAUCUCAUUGUUGCUUAGAUCAGGCCAUAUUCUGGUAGUAUAUCAAUUUUAAACUUAGGCGCACACAUGACUGAAAAUACGAUGCAAGUGAUGAUCCACAUUUAUGUUAAAAACGAUGAAGUGUAUGGUAUAUACUUUUCAAGAUGAAUAAUUAUGCGAAACGCUUUAAAAGCUUCAAACGAAUGCGUUAUGAGUUUUUACUUUUUAUAGUUUGCGUGACUAACGCUGUAAAUUCGUUUGCAUUAAAAUGUAUUUAUUAUAUCAAUGAACAACGAAAUUGUCUUCGGCAAUGGAUAUAUCCUAUGCACUACUUUUGUACAAAAUGACAUAAUAAUAAAGCACUUUUACUUUAAAACAUAUGUGAUCCCGAAACCUGAAUGAAAAUGUACAUAUUGUAAAAAAUAAACUUUAAACAUAUUA